CUCUGUUUUUCCAAGCAGGUUGUUUAUGAUCAGGUGAUCCCUUUAACAAACACGGUCUGGCUAAAAUGUCCGCAUUAAAAAAAGAAUUUUUACAGCGUUGAAUCACAAUCCAGCAGCCCGCAGCCGCCGAGCCUCCAGCGGACCCCCGGACUCCCUCUCGGCGGACUCAGGAUGUCUUUCCCCGGCUCGUUCGGCUCGCAGCUCGCUGCCAUCAUGGACGUCUUAGCCAAAGCCGCUGUGGCAGAGAUCACCAAGCUGGUGGAGGACGGGGGGCUGGUGCUGAGGAAGGAGAUCUGUCGGAGGGACGGCGAGAUCCAGGAGCUCAGGAGGAGUCUGAAAGUGAUGGAGGAGGAGCUGUGCAAAGCUCAGGAGGCCAUCCUCCACAAAGAUAAAGUAGAUCGGGAGACAAACACCAUGUAUUUCGAACAAAGAAGCGCUGAUUCGCUGUGGCAGCCUCCGGAUGGAGCAAACGAGAGCCUCAACAUCCGGCUGGUGGUGAAACCUGAGCCCACAGAUGAGGCCGCCGCCAUGGAAACCAAAGACGACACAGCGACGGCGGCGGACUUCGGAGCAGCCCCGGAGGACCCGCUCUGGGCCGCUUCGGUAGCGAUGCCGCAGCACGUUCAGAUGUUCUCCUCUCACGCCGAGCAGUAUCCUGCUCCCGCGACCGCAGACGGCUCCUUCGAUCCUCAGGCGAUCACGGCGCAGGAGAUCAUAGCCGACUGCUUAAGCGUGCCGGUGAAGCUGGAGGCGGAGGGUUCCUCCGCGUGCAUGGAAGGCAUCACUCCAGAGUCUGCCCAGAGCGAACAGUUCAGACACGUUUCUCAUCCUCAGUACAGUCAGGACAAGUGCCUGCAGUCGGCUCUGCAGCAGGCCGGCCCGUCACCGGCGAUGCCACACGAACAGAGACCCGCGCUGAGUUUACACACCGAGGAUUACCGCCAUCAUAGGAACAUCCUGCGGGCGAAACGGCCAACGAAUGUGUGGCGAUCCAGUCACAAACUCUUCAUGUGCUCUGUGUGCAACAAGGGGUUCCUGCGCUUGUCUCAGCUGGAGGAGCACAAGGCCUCUCACCAGGCCGUCAAGCCUUUCAGGUGCCUCGAAUGUGGGAAGUCUUUCACCCAGAAGACCCGGCUGAAGACGCAUCAGAGCGUGCACACGGGGGAGAGGCCGUUCAGCUGCAAAAUCUGCGGCAAGAUGUUUUCCAGGCAGGACAACUGCUUGAGACACGAGCGGUUCCACAGCGGGACGAAGCCGUACAGCUGCAAGCAGUGCGGAAAAAGCUUCACCGUGCAGGGAAAUCUGAAAAUACAUCAGGAGAUUCACCUGCAGGGGUAUUGAAUCUCGAGUUACAGCUAAAGGAAUAAAAGGCUUCCAUACUUGUUGAGGAAAAUAUUGUUUGAUCUGGUUGCCCUGAAACUUGUAAGCAAAAGUUUGCAGGUUUGAUUCCUACUGUUGACGGGUCGUCACUGGGUCCUUGAGCAAAGCGUUCAUCACUCAGGUUACAUCAGGAAAGAGACCUUUGUCAUUUUUGGCUUAUUUUCCCCACAUUAAACACAGAUUUUAGGAUACCUCUCUAAAGUGGAAGUGGGUGACGCAUUAUUGUGAAUUCACACAGUAAUCUUCGAGGUUUUGAUCAUUUAAUGUAUAUGCUAUUGUGUUCUUAUUGCUUUCUAAAAAUAUAUUCUGUUUUGUUCCAGCUAGCUGCAGUCCACUUCCUGAUUAUUUCGUUACACUUACAAGUUAUUGUAUGUUGAUGGAGAAACAAUCUUGGUAUUUCCUUUUCUUUAUAUGGGAAACUAAUAAAUAUGCUCAUUAUUUGCAUCUUUGCACUUGU